AUGACAUCUCACUCCGGGCUUGGGGAGUCCGGUACUUCACAGUUGGUCGCCAACUAUCAGGCCACCGAAAACAGCAGCAGUACCAACAACGCGUUCAAGGGGGACCAUGAAGUAGCCGGAAAUCCAGGUAUUGAUCCUAACGUGGUAUCGUCCUCCUCACAGCCACCGGAAAAAAAUUUCGCGCCAACACCAAGACAAACUUCAGGGGGAAAUCAUGGCGACAGCGGUGUGAAUACUAGGCACUUGGAUGGAGCUAGUGGCAAUUCACAUGAUAGUAGAAGUGGUUCUUCAACAGUCUCUACAUCCGGCAUGUCCGGGCUGGAGCGCCAAAAAGCAGUUAACGCCAAGCUUCAAGAGCAAAUAAUGCAAAACAUCCGUCAACAAGAGGAAUUGGUACGGAGACUGCAAUCCUCUCGAGCGGCAUACGGCAGUGGCUCGGCACACUCCGCUACUGGACAGGGAGCGUUUAGCAAUGGUGCAUUGGCCAACCAGAUCCAAAUGUCGAACAUGACCGCGUCUACACCUUCGAAUACGCAUUUAUUGAGCGGAAUAUCUAAUCAAGUACCAGGAAUGAUGGCGAACACUAUGACUGCCGCAAUGCAACGAAGUCAGUUGGAGCAUAUGCAGCGCCAGGCAGCCUACAUCAAACAGCAGGCGAAUGCCGCUGGUGCUGCGGGUUCGUCCGGCAUGUCACACAUGAAUAACCUCAACAGUAUACACCCUUCCCAAUUGGCUUUGCUGAAUCACGGACUUGGCGGCAACGCCGGGCACAUGCACCAGUCCCACAACGGGGCUAAUACAAUGGGCAUGCAGCAAUUCGCAAACGUUGCUGCAACGCAACAAGCGGCAUUUCCGACACAUGCUAUAUUAGCGUCUGCUUUCGGAAACGGGGGGAUCAUGAAUUCCGCGCAGACGGCUUUGAUGGGAGCGGUUGCCGCCAACGCGAACGGCGGAGCCUUUGCCAAUCCAGCAGCCUUGGCUGCUAUGCAAGCGCACGCAAUGCAGCAAAACACGAAUUCUAGCAACUCCGGUGGAAAUGGUAGUUUUUCCUUGCCCCUGACACCACCGAGUUACUCGGAUGCAGCUUCGACUUUGAACGAUGCCCCUGCCAACGAGAAGAAGCGCAAGGCUCCGGAAGCAUCACAGCUGUCACCAGAAUCGUUCAAUUGGUGA